GCAGACGUAUAUUGUAAUAUUACGUUUAUGCUGUUGUUUUAGGGCCUCGCGGCCAAUCAAAUUAUACCAAGAGCUGAGGAGCUGAAGUAGGCGAUAGUAACGUUAGACGCUUCAGGUUAACGGCGAAGCAACGCACCGACUGAAUUUGUCAAAAUGUGGAGAAAUGAAAACCGACCAACACCAGCUGCAGGCUCUCUCUCCGUGCCUGCUCCGGGCAAUCAAAGAAAGAGGAGCAGGCUGCCUUUGACGUCGAAUCCUUCCGAAAGUGAACUUUUUUAUACCAACAACUACAGUGAGAGUGGUCAAUGGGACCAGUCAGUCUCUUUUACAUCACAACAAGCCAACAUGAAACCUUUUGUUUCACCUAGUAUGGCGGGACAUGGAUAUGCACCAAUACCUUAUCCAAAAAAGCCUGCUUAUGGCUGGUCACAGAAUUGGCAACAAAGACCCCCAAUGAAACAGGAUUCGGUGCCAGCAGUUGGAUUUCAUGUUCAUGGUGGUUUUCCAAGCAGCAGCUCCUCUUCAUUGGGUCAGCCUAGAUGGUCCAGCGGCUUUCAGAACCAGAUUAACAGGCCAACAACUUCCUUCAGAAUGCCUUACACUCCCCAGCAGUGUAACCCUGCAGCAAUAAACACUGAAGAUCCUGGAGCUCAGAGUCAGAGCAGAAGGUGGAACUUCAGAUCUACUGGACCGUCAGGCAGUGGGAUGAGUACAAAAGUAAAGAAGGACACCUCACAGGACCGGAUAAACCCACAGCAUCAGAAGCCUCAACGUGAGAAAUCAUUGCGUGUCAUCACUGCUGUUAUAGAAGGCAUGAAGCACUGGGGCCAGUAUACGAACAGAGCACCAAUGCUCUUUGAGAUUUUUGCCACACUUGAUUCUGCUGUUACAGUCGCAGAUUACGGAGCAAAAAAAUUCCUCAUGAGGGACGGCAAAGAUGUGGUCCAGUGUCUCUACUUUGAAAAUGAUCAGACACUGCCCAAACUGAUCCGGGGUCAGGCGUAUCGCUGCAUUGGGAACUACAGCAAGCAGACAGACACAAUGACUUGCGUGUCAGUCCGGGCUGCAUCACUGUCAGAGCAAAGAAAUUCCCAGGAGGCUGUAAAAGCGUCAGACACAGAGAUGAGGAAUGUGGUGCUGGUUCGCAAUGAAAUCUGAGUCUGAGUAACAGUGUAAAUAUGAAUUUAACAUGAUGCCGACUAAAGUUAAGAUUGAGUUGUGUUAGUUGUGAAGAAGUUCAGAAAAGUUCUGUAAUAAACAGUGAAUGUUAAGCAGCGUUAACUCUGUGACCAUUAGCUGAGGAUUUUGAUUGUAUGUUAUGAAUUAGUCACUUUUCAUUGCAGUUCUGACAUAUAAUUUAUAUGCCUAUAAAAUAUUACUAUAAUUUAUAAGUUAUCUCCACUUUCUAAUGGUCACUUUAUUUGCAUUUACAUUGUUUUGGUGUGUUAAAGAGGAAUUUGUAUUAAUUCAGUUUA